AUUAGCUACACCAAAAUGAAACAUGUUCGCGUUUACCUGAAAACAACAUUAUCAUUGUUUACCUUAAUGGUAUAUUUGGUUGUUGGCAAUGAAGGUAAACCUUCAAAAGAAAGUUGCAGUGAUGCAAUUGUUGAUGUUGGUUUUAUUCUUGACUCUUCUGGUAGUUUGCGUAGAGAUUAUAAGAAUGUAAAGGAAUUUUUAAAGACAAUAGCAUCCUUUUUUGACAUUAAAAUUAAUGGCUCUCAGGCAGGAGUCAUUACAUUUAGUCAUCGAAGUGAACACAGUAUUAAACUUAAUGACUUUUCAGAUGUAGAUUCUUUUGAAAAAGCUGUUGAUAAAAUUCCAUUGAUGGGUUCUACAACAAGAAUUGACAAAGCUCUACGCCACUCAAAAAAUGUAAUGUUUACAAAUCAAAAUGGUGGGCGAUUAGAAGCAACCAAGUUGCUCAUUUUAUUAACUGAUGGGUCACAAACAUUUAGUGCAAAACAGGAAGACCCUUCUAUUAUAGCCGAUGAAAUACGCAAUGAUGGUGUUUUGAUAAUAGCUAUUGGAAUCGGGGAAGGUAUCAAUAAAACUGAACUGAAUCGCAUAGCUGGUAAAGAUGAAAAUACCUACAAUGCGGAUACGUUUGAAGAGUUAAAAAAGAUUGAUUUUUUAAAAAGAAUUAAAAAAUUUAUAUGUGGAUUAGUGUCGUCCGUCUUGCAAUCGACGCCAACGAUAGCUACUACUCAAGCCUCUUCUACUGAUGGUCAUGUGCAACCCAGGUGUGAAGCCGUCGUCGAUGUUGCAUUUAUUUUGGAUUCUUCGCACAGUUUAGAGGCGAGCUAUCAAAAAGAAAAGAACUUCUUAAAGAAAUUGGCUGCUGUGUUUGGAAUCAGCUCAAACGGUUCGAGAGUAGGAGUCAUUACAUUCAGCUAUCGCGCCGAACUCAGUGUCAAACUCAACAGUUUUACUGACUUGAGUAGCUUUAACGAAGCUGUAGACAAAAUUCCGCUCAUGAAUUUCACAACGAGGAUCGACAGAGCACUCCGUCUGGCACAAAAAGAUAUGUUCACUUCUGCAAACGGAGGUAGGGUCGGAGUUAGUAAAUUGAUCAUCUUGUUGACCGACGGCUCUCAAACCCCAGGUGGGGAUGCAGAAGACCCAGAAAGGAUAGCAGAUGAGCUGCGCAACGACGGCGUUGUGAUUCUCGGUGUUGGUAUCGGUUCAGCAGUAAAUGAAACUGAGCUGAGCCACAUUACUGGCGGUAAAAAGAACGCAUACACUGCUGCUACGUUUGAUUCUCUAACUGACAACGAGUUUAUUCAUAAGAUCAAGAAUGGCUCUUGUGAAAUAGUGUCGUCCGUCUUGCAAUCGACGCCAACGAUAGCUACUACUCAAGCCUCUUCUACUGAUGGUCAUGUGCAACCCAGGUGUGAAGCCGUCGUCGAUGUUGCAUUUAUUUUGGAUUCUUCGCACAGUUUAGAGGCGAGCUAUCAAAAAGAAAAGAACUUCUUAAAGAAAUUGGCUGCUGUGUUUGGAAUCAGCUCAAACGGUUCGAGAGUAGGAGUCAUUACAUUCAGCUAUCGCGCCGAACUCAGUGUCAAACUCAACAGUUUUACUGACUUGAGUAGCUUUAACGAAGCUGUAGACAAAAUUCCGCUCAUGAAUUUCACAACGAGGAUCGACAGAGCACUCCGUCUGGCACAAAAAGAUAUGUUCACUUCUGCAAACGGAGGUAGGGUCGGAGUUAGUAAAUUGAUCAUCUUGUUGACCGACGGCUCUCAAACCCCAGGUGGGGAUGCAGAAGACCCAGAAAGGAUAGCAGAUGAGCUGCGCAACGACGGCGUUGUGAUUCUCGGUGUUGGUAUCGGUUCAGCAGUAAAUGAAACUGAGCUGAGCCACAUUACUGGCGGUAAAAAGAACGCAUACACUGCUGCUACGUUUGAUUCUCUAACUGACAACGAGUUUAUUCAUAAGAUCAAGAAUGGCUCUUGUGAAAUAGUGUCGUCCGUCUUGCAAUCGACGCCAACGAUAGCUACUACUCAAGCCUCUUCUACUGAUGGUCAUGUGCAACCCAGGUGUGAAGCCGUCGUCGAUGUUGCAUUUAUUUUGGAUUCUUCGCACAGUUUAGAGGCGAGCUAUCAAAAAGAAAAGAACUUCUUAAAGAAAUUGGCUGCUGUGUUUGGAAUCAGCUCAAACGGUUCGAGAGUAGGAGUCAUUACAUUCAGCUAUCGCGCCGAACUCAGUGUCAAACUCAACAGUUUUACUGACUUGAGUAGCUUUAACGAAGCUGUAGACAAAAUUCCGCUCAUGAAUUUCACAACGAGGAUCGACAGAGCACUCCGUCUGGCACAAAAAGAUAUGUUCACUUCUGCAAACGGAGGUAGGGUCGGAGUUAGUAAAUUGAUCAUCUUGUUGACCGACGGCUCUCAAACCCCAGGUGGGGAUGCAGAAGACCCAGAAAGGAUAGCAGAUGAGCUGCGCAACGACGGCGUUGUGAUUCUCGGUGUUGGUAUCGGUUCAGCAGUAAAUGAAACUGAGCUGAGCCACAUUACUGGCGGUAAAAAGAACGCAUACACUGCUGCUACGUUUGAUUCUCUAACUGACAACGAGUUUAUUCAUAAGAUCAAGAAUGGCUCUUGUGAAAUAGUGUCGUCCGUCUUGCAAUCGACGCCAACGAUAGCUACUACUCAAGCCUCUUCUACUGAUGGUCAUGUGCAACCCAGGUGUGAAGCCGUCGUCGAUGUUGCAUUUAUUUUGGAUUCUUCGCACAGUUUAGAGGCGAGCUAUCAAAAAGAAAAGAACUUCUUAAAGAAAUUGGCUGCUGUGUUUGGAAUCAGCUCAAACGGUUCGAGAGUAGGAGUCAUUACAUUCAGCUAUCGCGCCGAACUCAGUGUCAAACUCAACAGUUUUACUGACUUGAGUAGCUUUAACGAAGCUGUAGACAAAAUUCCGCUCAUGAAUUUCACAACGAGGAUCGACAGAGCACUCCGUCUGGCACAAAAAGAUAUGUUCACUUCUGCAAACGGAGGUAGGGUCGGAGUUAGUAAAUUGAUCAUCUUGUUGACCGACGGCUCUCAAACCCCAGGUGGGGAUGCAGAAGACCCAGAAAGGAUAGCAGAUGAGCUGCGCAACGACGGCGUUGUGAUUCUCGGUGUUGGUAUCGGUUCAGCAGUAAAUGAAACUGAGCUGAGCCACAUUACUGGCGGUAAAAAGAACGCAUACACUGCUGCUACGUUUGAUUCUCUAACUGACAACGAGUUUAUUCAUAAGAUCAAGAAUGGCUCUUGUGAAAUAGUGUCGUCCGUCUUGCAAUCGACGCCAACGAUAGCUACUACUCAAGCCUCUUCUACUGAUGGUCAUGUGCAACCCAGGUGUGAAGCCGUCGUCGAUGUUGCAUUUAUUUUGGAUUCUUCGCACAGUUUAGAGGCGAGCUAUCAAAAAGAAAAGAACUUCUUAAAGAAAUUGGCUGCUGUGUUUGGAAUCAGCUCAAACGGUUCGAGAGUAGGAGUCAUUACAUUCAGCUAUCGCGCCGAACUCAGUGUCAAACUCAACAGUUUUACUGACUUGAGUAGCUUUAACGAAGCUGUAGACAAAAUUCCGCUCAUGAAUUUCACAACGAGGAUCGACAGAGCACUCCGUCUGGCACAAAAAGAUAUGUUCACUUCUGCAAACGGAGGUAGGGUCGGAGUUAGUAAAUUGAUCAUCUUGUUGACCGACGGCUCUCAAACCCCAGGUGGGGAUGCAGAAGACCCAGAAAGGAUAGCAGAUGAGCUGCGCAACGACGGCGUUGUGAUUCUCGGUGUUGGUAUCGGUUCAGCAGUAAAUGAAACUGAGCUGAGCCACAUUACUGGCGGUAAAAAGAACGCAUACACUGCUGCUACGUUUGAUUCUCUAACUGACAACGAGUUUAUUCAUAAGAUCAAGAAUGGCUCUUGUGAAAUAGUGUCGUCCGUCUUGCAAUCGACGCCAACGAUAGCUACUACUCAAGCCUCUUCUACUGAUGGUCAUGUGCAACCCAGGUGUGAAGCCGUCGUCGAUGUUGCAUUUAUUUUGGAUUCUUCGCACAGUUUAGAGGCGAGCUAUCAAAAAGAAAAGAACUUCUUAAAGAAAUUGGCUGCUGUGUUUGGAAUCAGCUCAAACGGUUCGAGAGUAGGAGUCAUUACAUUCAGCUAUCGCGCCGAACUCAGUGUCAAACUCAACAGUUUUACUGACUUGAGUAGCUUUAACGAAGCUGUAGACAAAAUUCCGCUCAUGAAUUUCACAACGAGGAUCGACAGAGCACUCCGUCUGGCACAAAAAGAUAUGUUCACUUCUGCAAACGGAGGUAGGGUCGGAGUUAGUAAAUUGAUCAUCUUGUUGACCGACGGCUCUCAAACCCCAGGUGGGGAUGCAGAAGACCCAGAAAGGAUAGCAGAUGAGCUGCGCAACGACGGCGUUGUGAUUCUCGGUGUUGGUAUCGGUUCAGCAGUAAAUGAAACUGAGCUGAGCCACAUUACUGGCGGUAAAAAGAACGCAUACACUGCUGCUACGUUUGAUUCUCUAACUGACAACGAGUUUAUUCAUAAGAUCAAGAAUGGCUCUUGUGAAAUAGUGUCGUCCGUCUUGCAAUCGACGCCAACGAUAGCUACUACUCAAGCCUCUUCUACUGAUGGUCAUGUGCAACCCAGGUGUGAAGCCGUCGUCGAUGUUGCAUUUAUUUUGGAUUCUUCGCACAGUUUAGAGGCGAGCUAUCAAAAAGAAAAGAACUUCUUAAAGAAAUUGGCUGCUGUGUUUGGAAUCAGCUCAAACGGUUCGAGAGUAGGAGUCAUUACAUUCAGCUAUCGCGCCGAACUCAGUGUCAAACUCAACAGUUUUACUGACUUGAGUAGCUUUAACGAAGCUGUAGACAAAAUUCCGCUCAUGAAUUUCACAACGAGGAUCGACAGAGCACUCCGUCUGGCACAAAAAGAUAUGUUCACUUCUGCAAACGGAGGUAGGGUCGGAGUUAGUAAAUUGAUCAUCUUGUUGACCGACGGCUCUCAAACCCCAGGUGGGGAUGCAGAAGACCCAGAAAGGAUAGCUGAUGAGCUGCGCAACGACGGCGUUGUGAUUCUCGGUGUUGGUAUCGGUUCAGCAGUAAAUGAAACUGAGCUGAGCCACAUUACUGGCGGUAAAAAGAACGCAUACACUGCUGCUACGUUUGAUUCUCUAACUGACAACGAGUUUAUUCAUAAGAUCAAGAAUGGCUCUUGUGAAAUAGUGUCGUCCGUCUUGCAAUCGACGCCAACGAUAGCUACUACUCAAGCCUCUUCUACUGAUGGUCAUGUGCAACCCAGGUGUGAAGCCGUCGUCGAUGUUGCAUUUAUUUUGGAUUCUUCGCACAGUUUAGAGGCGAGCUAUCAAAAAGAAAAGAACUUCUUAAAGAAAUUGGCUGCUGUGUUUGGAAUCAGCUCAAACGGUUCGAGAGUAGGAGUCAUUACAUUCAGCUAUCGCGCCGAACUCAGUGUCAAACUCAACAGUUUUACUGACUUGAGUAGCUUUAACGAAGCUGUAGACAAAAUUCCGCUCAUGAAUUUCACAACGAGGAUCGACAGAGCACUCCGUCUGGCACAAAAAGAUAUGUUCACUUCUGCAAACGGAGGUAGGGUCGGAGUUAGUAAAUUGAUCAUCUUGUUGACCGACGGCUCUCAAACCCCAGGUGGGGAUGCAGAAGACCCAGAAAGGAUAGCAGAUGAGCUGCGCAACGACGGCGUUGUGAUUCUCGGUGUUGGUAUCGGUUCAGCAGUAAAUGAAACUGAGCUGAGCCACAUUACUGGCGGUAAAAAGAACGCAUACACUGCUGCUACGUUUGAUUCUCUAACUGACAACGAGUUUAUUCAUAAGAUCAAGAAUGGCUCUUGUGAAAUAGUGUCGUCCGUCUUGCAAUCGACGCCAACGAUAGCUACUACUCAAGCCUCUUCUACUGAUGGUCAUGUGCAACCCAGGUGUGAAGCCGUCGUCGAUGUUGCAUUUAUUUUGGAUUCUUCGCACAGUUUAGAGGCGAGCUAUCAAAAAGAAAAGAACUUCUUAAAGAAAUUGGCUGCUGUGUUUGGAAUCAGCUCAAACGGUUCGAGAGUAGGAGUCAUUACAUUCAGCUAUCGCGCCGAACUCAGUGUCAAACUCAACAGUUUUACUGACUUGAGUAGCUUUAACGAAGCUGUAGACAAAAUUCCGCUCAUGAAUUUCACAACGAGGAUCGACAGAGCACUCCGUCUGGCACAAAAAGAUAUGUUCACUUCUGCAAACGGAGGUAGGGUCGGAGUUAGUAAAUUGAUCAUCUUGUUGACCGACGGCUCUCAAACCCCAGGUGGGGAUGCAGAAGACCCAGAAAGGAUAGCAGAUGAGCUGCGCAACGACGGCGUUGUGAUUCUCGGUGUUGGUAUCGGUUCAGCAGUAAAUGAAACUGAGCUGAGCCACAUUACUGGCGGUAAAAAGAACGCAUACACUGCUGCUACGUUUGAUUCUCUAACUGACAACGAGUUUAUUCAUAAGAUCAAGAAUGGCUCUUGUGAAAUAGUGUCGUCCGUCUUGCAAUCGACGCCAACGAUAGCUACUACUCAAGCCUCUUCUACUGAUGGUCAUGUGCAACCCAGGUGUGAAGCCGUCGUCGAUGUUGCAUUUAUUUUGGAUUCUUCGCACAGUUUAGAGGCGAGCUAUCAAAAAGAAAAGAACUUCUUAAAGAAAUUGGCUGCUGUGUUUGGAAUCAGCUCAAACGGUUCGAGAGUAGGAGUCAUUACAUUCAGCUAUCGCGCCGAACUCAGUGUCAAACUCAACAGUUUUACUGACUUGAGUAGCUUUAACGAAGCUGUAGACAAAAUUCCGCUCAUGAAUUUCACAACGAGGAUCGACAGAGCACUCCGUCUGGCACAAAAAGAUAUGUUCACUUCUGCAAACGGAGGUAGGGUCGGAGUUAGUAAAUUGAUCAUCUUGUUGACCGACGGCUCUCAAACCCCAGGUGGGGAUGCAGAAGACCCAGAAAGGAUAGCAGAUGAGCUGCGCAACGACGGCGUUGUGAUUCUCGGUGUUGGUAUCGGUUCAGCAGUAAAUGAAACUGAGCUGAGCCACAUUACUGGCGGUAAAAAGAACGCAUACACUGCUGCUACGUUUGAUUCUCUAACUGACAACGAGUUUAUUCAUAAGAUCAAGAAUGGCUCUUGUGAAAUAGUGUCGUCCGUCUUGCAAUCGACGCCAACGAUAGCUACUACUCAAGCCUCUUCUACUGAUGGUCAUGUGCAACCCAGGUGUGAAGCCGUCGUCGAUGUUGCAUUUAUUUUGGAUUCUUCGCACAGUUUAGAGGCGAGCUAUCAAAAAGAAAAGAACUUCUUAAAGAAAUUGGCUGCUGUGUUUGGAAUCAGCUCAAACGGUUCGAGAGUAGGAGUCAUUACAUUCAGCUAUCGCGCCGAACUCAGUGUCAAACUCAACAGUUUUACUGACUUGAGUAGCUUUAACGAAGCUGUAGACAAAAUUCCGCUCAUGAAUUUCACAACGAGGAUCGACAGAGCACUCCGUCUGGCACAAAAAGAUAUGUUCACUUCUGCAAACGGAGGUAGGGUCGGAGUUAGUAAAUUGAUCAUCUUGUUGACCGACGGCUCUCAAACCCCAGGUGGGGAUGCAGAAGACCCAGAAAGGAUAGCAGAUGAGCUGCGCAACGACGGCGUUGUGAUUCUCGGUGUUGGUAUCGGUUCAGCAGUAAAUGAAACUGAGCUGAGCCACAUUACUGGCGGUAAAAAGAACGCAUACACUGCUGCUACGUUUGAUUCUCUAACUGACAACGAGUUUAUUCAUAAGAUCAAGAAUGGCUCUUGUGAAAUAGUGUCGUCCGUCUUGCAAUCGACGCCAACGAUAGCUACUACUCAAGCCUCUUCUACUGAAAUGUCAAGUUCACUUGAUGGUCAUUGUCUUAAAGUUAACAUGUCUCCAUUAGACAAAAGCAUUUUUGACUUAUUACAAUAUGGUAAAGUUGAGAAAUCAAUCAAUAAACUUUUUACAAAUAUAAAUUCUUUGGAGAUUAUUUUAAAUUAUGAAAAAAAUCUUCACAAUAUAGUUUCGGAGCUUCAGCCAUCUCUUGAGAGAUUGUUUCCUGAAUUAAGUUGUAGAUUACAUGAUGAAGAGAUAUCAUUGUCUUCCUUUUUCUUUACAGAUGAAAAAAGUGAUAUCCUAUCUAAAGCAAGAGAAAUGGGAGGUGGACAGUUUGUGGAUAUGUUGUGGGCUACUGGUUUGGCAAAAAAUAUUUUAAACUCUAAUGAAAAUAUUACGUUAAUAGUUCCUUUGUCAAUACGUAACAUUCCGGAUUCUAUUAGAAUAAAAAUGAAUAAUGCUUGCUUGCUUAGACAAAUGCUUAAAUACCAUAUGGUUCCUGGGAAGCAGUUGCUUUCAAGUUUGAAAAAUAAUGACGUAUUAAAAUCACUUUAUGAAACAGAAUCAAUUUAUUUUAAUAAAUUUCACCAGUUUACUUCCUUGAGUGGUGCUUUAGUUAAAAAUAUGGAUAUUGAAGCUCGUAAUGGAGUUAUACAUGUUGUGGAAACCUUUAUACUACCUCCGGCUGUAGAUACAAUAUCUUUACUUGAGGAGCGUAAGCUCUUUUCUAUUUUUGUAGACGUUUUAAAAGACGAUGAGUUUUCAUCAAAAUUAAAAGAUUCUCCUUACACUUACUUUGUGGUAACUGAUUCAAAUAUUAAUAAAUCGAAUUAUAUUUCAAAACGUUCCAAUUCUGAUAAAUUUAGCUUUGUAUUAGGCCAUAUAGUUCCUGGAUUUUAUUUUUACCAUUCACUACGCAACAACACUGUGUUGACUGCUGUUGAUGGUAGUAACUUAAGAAUAGCGUAUUAUGAUGGUAUGAUUACGGUUAACGACAAUUCAAUAAUAACAUAUGACUUAUUUUCUCGUAAUGGUAUUGUACAUGUAAUAGAAAUUACGUUGUGAAUUCACGGACACGCAAAUAUUAUUUAAAACUAGUUUUGAAAUUAUGGAGCUGUAGUUUUGAGUUUUUUAAGGAAAAUGGCAAAGUUUUUACAUAAUUUA